ACGUCAUCCUCAUCCAACCAACCAGAUUCCAAAUACCCCCAUUUUGACAAAAAGUCAACAACGUUCCCUGGUCCGCGCAACACUGCAUCACCCUGUAAUCUACAGUUCUAUAAAACACAACUACCCCAAUCCAGAUUGAAUCGGAGAAAGCAGGUCGAUUGAUUUUCCGGUGAAAAUCUGCACAAAUCACUUCGCUUCCCCACGACGGCAAAACUAAUGGCCGCUGCUUCCAUUAGUACGACCUUCCUCCCCCUCUACAAACCCAUCAAAUCCUUCGUACCCAUUUCACAAGCACCUAAAUUCUUCACCAAAACCAAGCACGGCGCCGGCGCCGGCACCGUCAGGGCGGUUUCCAAGGAGCAAGACGUGAUACCCGUACAGAGUAAUGACUUUACGGAUCAUCAAGUUGGUAUCCUGGUGAGUGAAAUUGAGAGGGAGGUUGAAGGUGGAAAAGACGUUCAAUUGAUUAGUGGGUUCGGUGGUAGUGAAGGAAGAUUGUCUUUUGAAGGUGGGUUUUCGUCUGCGAGCUCUUCCGGUGAUGGAAAUCAGGUAGUCGAAGGUGAUAAUCUCGAUAAAUUGAUCGAUAGAACCAUCAACGCCACCAUUGUUCUUGCCGCUGGUACUUUCGGUAUCACCAAAUUGCUCACCAUCGAUUACGAUUAUUGGCAUGGAUGGACCAUAUUUGAAAUAUUGAGAUACGCACCACAACACAACUGGAGUGCAUACGAAGAAGCUCUUAAAGAAAACCCACUUUUGGCUAAGAUGAUGAUAAGUGGAGUUGUAUAUUCAGUAGGCGAUUGGAUUGCACAGUGCUGUGAAGGUAAACCACUCUUGGAGUUUGAUCGCACACGCAUGUUUAGAUCUGGCCUUGUUGGCUUCACUCUACAUGGAUCACUUUCUCACUACUACUACUAUUUCUGUGAGGCACUUUUCCCGUUUCAAGAUUGGUGGGUGGUGCCUGUGAAGGUAGCGUUUGACCAAACCGCAUGGUCAGCAGUAUGGAACAGUAUUUACUACAUGGUCAUCGGUCUUUUACGAUUUGAAUCACCGGUUACUAUUUUUAGUGAAUUAAAGUCGACUUUUUGGCCUAUGUUGACAGCUGGUUGGAAGCUUUGGCCAUUUGCUCACAUUAUUACAUAUGGUGUUGUACCUGUUGAACAAAGAUUAUUGUGGGUGGAUUGUGUUGAGCUCAUUUGGGUCACAAUACUUUCAACUUUAUCAAAUGAGAAAUCAGAAGCAAGGGUUUUAGAUGCACCAAUAGACCAGAGUUCAAGUUCAUCGUUUGAGCCUUCUGAGGAGUAAAUACCCAUAAAAUCGAAGAAACAAGCAAAAGAACAAAACACGUUUGACAUGGGAAUUGUUGCAAAAAGCUGUAAACAAGUUAACAGCCGCUAGUUGAAGGCAUUGUGUGGAUCCCGAGUGUGUUUAUAUGCUUGUAUACUCCAUUUUUAGCAGAUUUUAAUUUUCUCUGCAUAUAUGUGUACAUCCUAUUCUCUUUCGUAGUUUUUAACAGAGAAUUUAGCUCGAUAUAAAUAGCAGAAGGUAUUCAAGAUUUUGAAAUCAGUGUAAACCUUACAUAUUUAGCAAUUUACAUAUCAUAAUUUGGAGAUCA